AUGCUCUCCGGCAUUCUCGUCUUCAACCAAAAAGGCGAGAACCUCAUCUUCCGCGCCUUUCGCAAUGACUGCCGUCCGCGCCUGGCCGACAUCUUCCGCAUCCAAGUCAUUUCCAACCCCCAAGUGCGCUCGCCCAUUCUGACGCUGGGAUCGACAACGUUCAGCCAUGUCAAGCACGAGAAUAUCUACCUGGUGGCGGUGACCAAGAGCAAUGCCAAUGCGGCAUUGGUGUUUGAGUUUUUAUACCGGUUGGUGUUGCUGGGGAAGAGCUACUUUGGGAAAUUUGAUGAGGAGGCCGUCAAGAAUAACUUUGUUUUGAUUUAUGAGUUGUUGGAUGGUGAGUAUUUCCUCAAACAGAUGGACAGAGUGGAGGAUAACCGUUUUCCAGAAAUCCUCGACUUUGGCUAUCCCCAAAACACCGACCCGGACACGCUCAAGAUGUACAUCACAACGGAGGGCGUCAAGUCCGCCAUCGUCAACAACCCGACCGACUCGAGCCGGAUCACAAUGCAAGCGACCGGCGCGCUCUCCUGGCGCCGCGCAGACGUCAAGUACCGCAAGAACGAAGCCUUCGUGGACGUAAUUGAGGACGUGAACCUGCUCAUGUCCGCGACAGGCACCGUGCUCCGCGCCGACGUCACCGGCCAGAUCGUCAUGCGCGCCUACCUCUCCGGCACCCCGGAGUGCAAGUUCGGGCUGAACGACCGCCUCCUCCUCGACGGCGACAGCAGCGGCGGCGCAGGCCCGUCCUCGUCCUCGCGUGGCCACUCCGGCGGCAAAGCGACGCGCGCGGCCGCCGGCUCCGUCACCCUGGAAGACUGCCAGUUCCACCAGUGCGUGAAACUGGGCCGCUUCGACGCGGACCGGAUCAUCUCGUUUGUGCCGCCGGACGGCGAGUUCGAGCUGAUGCGGUACCGCGCCACGGAGAACGUCAACCUCCCCUUCAAGGUGCACCCGAUCGUGCGCGAGGUCGGCACCACCAAGGUCGAGUACAGCGUCGCCAUCAAGGCGAACUACAGCUCGAAGCUGUUCGCGACGAACGUGGUCGUGCGCAUCCCGACGCCCCUGAACACGGCCAAGACCACCGAGCGGACGAGCCAGGGCCGCGCUAAAUACGAGCCCGAGCAUAACAAUAUCGUCUGGAAGAUUGCGCGGUUCUCCGGCGGCAGCGAGUACGUGCUUACGGCGGAGGCGACGCUGACCAGCAUGACGAACCAGAAGGCGUGGAGCCGGCCACCGCUGAGUCUCUCGUUUAGUCUGUUGAUGUUCACCAGUAGUGGGUUGCUGGUGCGGUAUCUCAAGGUGUUUGAGAAGAGCAACUACAGUAGUGUCAAGUGGGUGCGGUAUAUGACUCGUGCGGGCAGUUAUGAAAUCAGAUUCUAG